CCUCCUUGUUCGUGGCACAACCCAUCAGGAAAAGACUUGGUCCAUCACUUUGUUCGUCCAAGCUUCCCUGCAACGGCUUUGCCCCUAGGGGAUAUCUCCCUUUUACCCAACAUCAUGUCUUCAACCACAGAGGCUCUCUUGGUCUCUCAUAACUCCCCUUCGACUUUGCCCCAGGCCAUAUCCCGAGCCAUGGCCUCAAAUACUUCACCAUCGCGGCGGGCACGUCCUGCCCAGGUUCAGACGACUCUCACGCUACAGCCCCAUGUUUCCACCAAUGUUCCUCCGCUGUCCGCCAUAAGCACGUCGUCUGCCUCGCCCACUUCACAACAGCCCUCUCCGGCCUUGACAUCGGACACAGCCGGCGUCAUCUUCACAGAAAGCAGCUCCCUCCAGGAUUCCCCCGCAACCUUCGCUUCUUCUACGAUAAAGGAAGUGGACUCUUACGCUUCUACGAUCAAGGGAAUGGAGGAACCACUUACACCUCUCAACCUCCCCGAGCCACUUGCCCCGGCCCCUUUGUCAUCAAAGACAAGCAGCAACUCGCUAAGAAAGAAUGGAGAGAAAGUCGGCGAGAAAAUCCCAAGACAACAGAAUGCUAUGGGCGAGGCUCUGUCCAAAACUAGCUUUGCGGGCAGUCUGGUUCGUCGUGCUUCAAAUACAGUGAACAAAGCGCGCGACAUACUUGCACGAAGAGCAUCAACGAACGUGAUCAGUCGGGAUGCUGACCCCAUGGUGGCGUCUUUCCGCCGUGGGAGCAACACCUUCCCACUCGGGGAACACAACUACAGAGGUUACUUGCUGGAAUCAGAUGACGAGUGUGCUAUAGAUGAUGCCGGUCCGUUCGAUGGGUUGCGAGACGCUCAAAUCCCCCUGAGCAUUGGGCCUGAGAUUCCGGUCGCUUUACGCCAAGGUGUCAUGUUGAAGAAAAUCAGCAAGAAGAAGAAGGAAAAGAGAAUCACCCUCACCCUUGAUCCAGACACUUCCAAGAUAUGGUGGGACAAGAGUCGAACAGGGAGAAAGUCUGUUUUCAUCGAUGACAUUAAAGAAGUAAGGACGGCCGAGGACAUUCGACAGUACCGCCUUGACGCCGGGGUUGAUGAGUCCGAAGAGCCCCGGUUUUUCUCGAUCCUGUAUACGGUUCCAGAAAAGUCGGGAACCAAGGUGUUGCAUCUCAUCGCCCUGAAUUCCACCGACUUCCGGAAUUGGAUCACAACGCUCAACGCCAUACUUCAGUAUCGCCAAGACUUCACGACCAACCUGAUGGCCUCCAACGAAAAGGCCGUCCACGAGUUCUGGCAGCGACAGAUGAGGAAGAAGUACGCAGACAGGAACAUUCCGGCCGAAGGCGAAACCAUUGAACUUCCCGACAUUGAGCGAAUCUGUCGCUCUCUCCAUAUGCACCUCUCCCCAACAGAGAUCCGCGACAACUUCAACGCUGCUAAAGCUGCCAAGGCUACCUCCAAUGGGGCCUAUGAUCCACCCUCCCCUUCCAAUUUGAACUUCAAUGAGUUUAGGGAGUUCGUGCGGCUAUUGAAGGCGAGGUCUGAGAUAAGCCAUGUCUUCAAACAACAUACGGCCGACGCUAAAGCAGGGAUGACCAGGCAAGAAUUCAUGAGUUUCUUGAAAGAUAUUCAAUGCGAAAACGUGGAGGAAGAGCUUACGCAUUGGAACAAUAUCUUCUCCCAGUUCGCGCGUAAGCGCAGAUCUAAAGACGCCGAGCAGGCCACGAACGGGGACGAGUCAUUGACCAUAUCCGAGACUGGCUUCACUGGAUUUCUGACUUCGCCAUUCAACAAUUUGCUUAUUCAGGAGCCAUCCGAAUAUGCACUCGACCGACCUAUGAAUGAGUAUUAUAUUUCAAGCUCACACAACACAUAUCUCCUCGGUCGCCAAGUCCGUGGAAUCUCUAGUGUCGAAGGCUACAUUUCGGCACUUGAGCGUGGUUGCAGGUGCGUUGAAGUUGACUGCUGGGACGGCCCGAAUGACGAGCCGUAUGUGUCACACGGCCAUACCUGGACAACGCGGAUCAAGUUUGAAGAGGUGAUCAAGACCAUCAACAAAUAUGCCUUCGUCAAGUCUCGCUUCCCUCUCUGGAUAUCGCUGGAGGUCCGCUGCAACGCUGCUACUCAGGCCAACAUGGCAAAGAUCAUGAUUGACAUCUUUGGCGACAAGCUUGUCCGGGCGCCCCUCGACCCAUCCUCGGAUCGACUCCCUUCACCGUCCGACUUGAUUGAGCGCAUCCUUAUCAAGGUCAAGAAGUCCCAACCAGUACCUAGCGCACCAUCUGAGGAGUCGCUGAAGACUGAGCGACCUGGUCGGAGGCGCGGCAACAGCCUACCCUCGCCUUAUCAGAGAUCAUCACCUUUGUCAUCGCCCAUGGAUAACAUACCCGUCGCUGUCCCUGGAAGCCCCUCGUUGAGUCCAAGUCCAUUGUCGCGCUCGACACGGCAGAUCAACACCAUCACGGAGGGCGAGGUUCAUUCCCACGGAGGGCCUAGUAGCAGCCCGAGUGAAUACGAGAGUGAUGCUGAAAAGGACUCGGGGAAGAAGGUGGUGAGCAAGAUCAACCCUGUUCUUGGCGAACUGGGCGUAUAUUGCAUGGGUGUUCACUUUGAUGGGUUCGACAGCCCCGACGCUAAAAAGUUCAACCACAUCUUCUCCUUCAAAGAAAAGACCUUUGCCGAGAGAAGCCAGCCAGGCGAAGCAAAGCGUGCUUUGUACCGUCACAACAUGCGCUAUCUCAUGCGUGUGUACCCGAACGGAGGUCGGAUAUCUUCUAGCAACUUUGACCCGCUCCUCUAUUGGAAGCGCGGGGUUCAAAUGGCGGCACUUAACUGGCAAACAUUCGAUCUGGGAAUGCAGCUGAAUCAGGCCAUGUUCGAUAGUGGCACCGACCUGUCCGGCUAUGUUCUCAAACCCCUCGAGGGACGUCAGAUCCAGGUCGUUCCGACGGAUGCUGCCGGGCAGCUGUUGGGUAAAAGACCGCGGAAGAAGAUCUCGUUCAAGAUCGAGGUCAUCUCUGCGCAGCAGUUGAUGAGGCCAUUGAAUCUCCCCAAGGGGCGGACAAUUGAUCCUUACGUCGAAGUCGAGAUUUUCCUGGCCGAUGACAAGAGGAACAAGCAAGAUGGUGCUACAAAUGCGCCAGCUCAGGAAACGCUGCUGAAAUACCGCACCGACAUCGUCAAAGACAAUGGCUUCAACCCCGUUUUCAAAGGCAAUAACUCUUAUGAGUUCACUGUUACCACCAAGUACCCCGAUCUCAUAUUUGUGCGCUGGAGCGUGAAGCUUGGCGACAACAAAGGAUACAACGACCGCAGCCCUCCCCUGGCGACUUUCACAGCUAAACUUGGCGGCCUCAAGCAAGGUUACCGCACGAUACCGCUGCUUGAUCACAACGGGUACAGCUACCUGUUCUCGACCCUGUUCUGCAAAAUCACCAAGAGCCAACCUACCGAUAUCAUGGUUGCCUACUCCAGCGACGUUCCAAGGAACAGUGUUAGCAGGAUCAAGAACAUCUUCAAUCAGUCCGGCAUCAGCCCUAAAUCCAGCAUGGAUAGCGGCCGGACCUGAGUCGUUUCAUGCGGUUCGUUUCGGUACUGUAUCAUUAUCACAAUUUUUUCUAUUGUCUGUUACGGGGAUAUUCAAUCAUCUCGAGCGACCAUGUAUCAUCACUAUCUCGGAGCACUUCACGAACUGUUUUAUCUCGUGUGGGAGGCCGCAUGUUUAUGAUUCAUUUUUCAACUGUUUCAUUGUUUGUGAUCUAGCACAUAUACCCAUACCCCCAAUUUCCAAACAUCACAGAUCCGGCGCCGAGCGUUUCGUUUCGAUUCCCUUGUGAGGAUUUUUGUGUCAUUUCUCCGUUGUUGUUCGAAUGGGCAGAGCCUUUUCAAUCACUAGGGUUGCAUCUAAGGACUGGAUCAUUU